AUGUACCCUCCUAUUGAUGUGGACAGCUUAGCAGAAAAUCUCUUCCCGGAACCGGAAGAACGAGAAACCCAUAACGACGCCGUUUCACAAGGCGGCUCUGCUUCUUUUGAGUCUUCCGAGGAAGUGAUGGUCAGAAUCCGAGGUUGUAUUGUUCAUUUGAUUGAUAAAGAUCAGAGUGUUGAGCUUGCAAGUGGGGAUUUUACAUUAGUUCAAUUGAAACAGGGGGAUAACGUUGUGGCAGUUUUGGCUCGAAUCGGGGAGGAAGUUCAGUGGCCGUUGGCGAGGGAUGAGGCGGCGGUGAAGCUUGAUGAAUCCCAUUAUUUUUUUACUCUGAGAGUUCCAAGUGAAAGUCAUGAAAUCAAUGAUAAUAUAUUAAAUUACGGGCUGACGAUUGCGUCUAAGGGUCAGGAAAGAGUGCUGAGGGAGUUGGAUGGGGUUUUGGAGAAGUACAGUGCAUUUAAGGUGGAGAAGGCGGCGGAAGGGGUGGAGCAAGGGUGGUGGGUGGCUGCUAAGGAUGUUUCUCCAGCGGAGAUGGAAAAGAAAAAAAAGAAGGACGAGGUGGAGAAGAGCGCGGCUGCUUAUUGGACGACGUUAGCUCCAAACGUUGAGGACUAUAGUGGAAGUUUAGCGAGGAUGAUUGCGGCUGGGUCGGGACAUGUGGUGAAGGGGAUAUUGUGGUGUGGAGAUGUUACUGUAGAUAGACUCCGAUGGGGGAAUGAGUUCUUCAAGAAGAGAAUGGGAAAGGGAUCGACUUCGGAGAUUAGUCCCGAGGCACUGAGAAGAAUGAAAAGGGUUAAGAAAUUGACAAAGAUGACGGAGUCCGUGGCAACCGGGAUACUGUCUGGGGUCGUGAAAGUCUCUGGGUUCUUCACAAGUUCAGUUGUAAACUCUAAAGUAGGACAGAAAUUUUUCAGCCUUCUUCCUGGAGAGAUCAUUCUUGCUUCCUUGGAUGGAUUCAACAAGGUCUGUGAUGCUGUUGAAGUUGCUGGAAGGAAUGUUAUGUCGACUACUUCAGUCGUGACAACCGGGCUUGUUUCUCAGAGGUAA